AUGGUUAGUUUUGAUAUAACUAGUCUUUAUACUAAUAUACCAGUUAAUAUGGCCUUAGAAGCAGUUAAAAAAGAAUUAACUGCGGAUCCGGAACUCAGUCAUAGGACAAAGUUGUCCAUCGAAGAAAUUAUUUUAGGGAUUCAGUUAUGCCUCACAUCUACUAUCUUUAAGUUCCAAGGCAAAAUAUAUAGACAAACAGAAGGUGUAGCAAUGGGAUCACCAAUAUCCCCUAUCGUAGCGGACAUAUUUAUGGACAGCUGGGAAAAUAGUGCCCUUAAUACAUUUAACCCUACUCCGAAAAUAUGGUGGAGAUAUGUGGAUGACACUUUCACAGUGUUAAAAACAGAACACAUCUCUAGCUUCUUGACACAUAUAAACUCACAAGUUGAGGGAAUAAAAUUCACAUUUGAAUCAGAAAAUGAACAAGGAGAAUUAGCUAUGUUAGAUUGUAAGAUAAAAAGAAUAGAAGAAGGCAAACUACACACUAGUGUUUAUAGAAAACCAACGCAUUCUAAUAGAUAUUUAGACUUUAAUUCGUCUCAUCCUUUAACUGUUAAGGCAGGCUUAGUUAAAUGUUUAACAAACCGAGCAGUGGCACUAAGUAGCACAAAAAAAGAUCUAAAUGAUGAAUUAAAACAGAUAGAAGAAGCGUUGGUGUUGAAUAACUAUCCUAUAAAAUUCAUUAGGAAGAUCAUUAAAGGCCAAAAACAAAAUAAAAAUAAUUGUGAAACUAGUAAUAAUAACAUAAAUAAGAAAGAAUAUAAGUCAUCCACAGUUAUACCAUAUAAAGAGGGGACAUCUGAGACACUACGUAGGAUUCUGAAUAAAAUAGGAAUUAGGGUGGCAUUUAAACCUACAAACUCACUCAGGGACAAGCUCUGUAGGUUAAAGGACCCAGUUGACCCAAUUAGACAAAAUAAUAAUAAUAAUAAAAAUAAAUUAUAUGAAAAUCAAGAAAUACAUCUCUCUGUUAGUUUUAGUAAUGGUAGUAUAUUAAAAUGUGGUGUUGUUUGUUAG